CCCACUUUAUGGCAGGUUCUCGCACUUUGUCACUGAGUGUUUGAUUUUCAGAUUGCUCAAGGACAGUGGAAUUUGCCCAGGAAUACAUCAACUCAGUAAUGGAUCAUGUGAUGUGGUGAUUGUGGCCCUUGUUUACGCUCCGACCGGUCCACAAUUCAUGAGGCAAGUAUUAAAGGCAGAGUUCCUUCAAACCGGCUUCGCAUCUUACUCGCACGUCAUGAAGCCUAUUACCACAUUUCCAUUUAGUUACCUCCCAGUUGAGCUUGUCCUCAUCGUCCUCAGAUAUUACGUGCAACCCACAUUUGAUCAGACUGAUCCAUAUUACUCUAAAAGUCCAUAUUCUAAUGCACGCGCCCUCUGUCAUUUCUCCAGAGCUGUCAGGCGGGCGGUACUUCCAGAACUCCUCCGUACCAUACUGCUUGGGGACGAUGACACAGUGAGAGCGUUCGUGCAUGCUCUACAUAUGCAAAAAAUGUACGCGGAGAAAGCAAACCACCUCCGUUUCGACUACAUUCCCCAUGUGCACAAGAUCUGGAUCGGACCCCAUGGUGUCCGCGAUCGCCACAUCCCAUCCUAUGCACUGAUUGAGUGUCCGCUUUCCAUCAGCCUCCUCUCUCCGGUGCUACUCGCUGCACCAUCCAUCGGCCUUAACUGGACAAGUAUAGACCUUCUUGAAGGAUGUCUGGAACAUGCAUGGAAGUCCCGUGCAGCUACCCAUGCCAACAACGAGCAUUCCCCACCUCCCUGGAACACCCAAACCCUGAUCCUGUCGCAUGAGCCCCUCACCAGCGGCGCACGGUGGGGGUGCCUCACGGACACUCCCCAGGGAUCUGCGUUCCUCGCAUCAAUCUCUCACCUCUCAACCACCACAAACACCCUCUGGUCGAGGGCAUCAUCCUACCGCAUGCCUCCGUGGAUGCAGGUCACUCCAUGGGAUUCUUUCAAAAACCUUCAAAUUGUCUCACUGCCGUACUUGCGCGCUAUCGAACCCCUCGUUGAAAUCAAGCUGGUGAACAGACAUGAAAUCAACGUGCACGUCGAGCUGUUGACAUUGCCUGCAUCCCUGCUAAGGGUUCACCGCAAGUGUAUUCCCCAGUUCAUGAAGAAAAUAAAGGCGUUGGAUCAGAGAAGUUUCGGAGAGGAGAUUAUUCAUUCAGAUGGUGUUCAUUUAAAGGUGCUCCCUUCUGGCAUUGUGCUCCCUUCUGGCAUCUUCUGCCUUACUCAUGAGCGGAAGAAAGUUUGGGCAAGCAUGUUGUAAAGUGGACUUGGGGCGUUAUG